AUGCUUAUAUUAUCGGAGUCUGUCACUAGCCAAUUGAAGAUUUUGAUUAAUGAUUCUAUUAGUGAUUUGAAAAAUGGAGAGUUUAAUUUUUUUGGAGUAUUCAAGGCAAUAGUUGAAAAGGAGUUAGAUCUCGUUAGUUCUAUUUAUAUUGGAGAUGCUUUUGGAAAUAAGGUUGGAGUUUUUUAUUAUGGUGGAGAAGUAUACAUGAUGAAUUCAUCCCAAUCCCUCAAUUCCCUAACUUUUUGUCAAGAUUGGACAAGUAAGAGUGAAUGUGAAAUGCAGAUCCUGUUGCUGGAUGGUAAUUGUCUGAGGUAUUAG